AUGAUUGAUCCAACCCCACCAUUUGAAAAGCCCACUCAGAGUAUUUGGGACCCUACCCAAGAGUUUUAUGUGGGCUUGCUUUUUGCCGAUAAGGAUGAACUACAAGCUGCUGUUAAACGCUAUCACAUCAAGAGGAACCAAACAUUUUGUGUAAGAGAGUCAGAUCCAGAAUGUUGGUCUGUAAGGUGCAAAAAUUGUUCUUGGCAUCUUCGAGCAUGCUUCUGGGCUACAUAUGGGUUGUUUGAGGUUAGGAAAUACAAUGGUCCACACACAUGUACAGAGUCCACUCUCACACAAGAUCACGAGCAAUUGGACACCCAUGUUAUUGAGAAUGAGUUAAGGGAUGUUGUCAAAAAUGAUCCAACCAUAAAGAUUGCUUCACUUCAACAGACUCUUUACAAUAAGUACCAAUACAGGCCUUCUUAUUUUAAGGUGUGGGAGGCAAAAGAGAAAGCAAUUGGUAAAGCGUUUGGUGAUUGGGACAAAUCUUACCAAUUAUUGCCAAAAUGGUUGAAAGCUUUGACUGAUUCAAACCCGGGCAGCAGGGUUAUUUGGAGAACAAUACCUGCUACUAUGCCAGGCUGUGCGAUAUUCGAGAGAGUGUUCUGGGCUUUUGGUCCAUCAAUUGAAGGUUUUCAACAUUGUAGGCCAAUUAAUGUCACUAAUCGGGAAGGGUUAUGUGUCAUAUCUAAUCAUCAUCCUGGUAUAAUGGCAGCGAUACGGACUAUAUGUCAAUCGACACGUUGGUAUCAUCGUUUUUGCCUUCGCCAUGUGGCUAGCAAUUUCAAUCAACAAAUUGGGAAUAAAAACUUGAAGGCUAUGGUAAUGUGGGCAGGCAUGGAGAAUCAGUUACGAAAGUAUCAAAUCACUAGGGAUAGAAUUACUCAAUUAAGUGCAGAUGGUGAGAAGUAUUUAAGGGAAAUACCGGUGGAAAAGUGGACGUUAGCAUACGAUGGUGGACAUCGUUAUGGGGCAAUGACCACAAACUUGUCUGAAAGUUUCAACGGAAUUCUAAAGAGUGCUAGAAAUCUGCCCAUAACUGCAUUAGUUGAGCUUACAUACUAUCGUUGUAUCGCCUACUUUGUCGAUCGGUAUACUAAGGCAUGUGCAGAGGUUACUGCCGGUGAACGCAUUACGGCCUAUGCAAAGAAUAAAUUCAAUAAAUGGGAAAAAAAGGCACCAAAGCAUUCAGUUACUGUGUUCAGUCAUGAAGAUGGUUUGUUUGAAGUUAGAACACCAAUAAACCCUAACUCUGCAUAUAGGGAUAAUCAUCGUCAUGAGGUAAAUUUGAGGCAAAACACUUGUAGUUGUCAAAAAUGGCAGGUUUAUAAGAUUCCGUGCUCACAUGUCAUUGCCAUGUGUAAAUAUCAAGGUAUCUCUGCAAUGCGAUAUAUCGACCGUUGCUACCAUUUGGAAGAACAAGUUGCUUGUUAUGCACCUAGAUUUCGCAUGGUUCCAGACAGUGUACAUUGGAAUGAGCCUAAUUUCCCGAUCUUGUAUCCUAAUGUCAAGCUGCGCCGUGAAAAAGGUCGACAAAGAACAAUUCGACUUCGAAAUGAAAUGGACGAAGGGGCAGAGCAUCAACCAAGGCCAUUGUGCAGUCUCUGUAGGCAAGAAGGCCAUAAUAGAAGAACAUGCCCCACUCGAACUGUGGUUGGCUCCACUAGUGGCUAA